AUGAGGAUCCUGCUUGUUUUCAGCAUUUUCUCAGUGGCUCUGUGUAGCCGAAGGACUUUUGUUGGAGAUCAGAUUCUUCGAGUUCAGGCAAAAGACAAUGCACAGCUGGACAUACUGAGAGAGCUGGAAGCCAUGAAACAUUUACAGAUUGACUUCUGGCGCAGUCCUGCGAGACCUGAGCUGCCUGUGGAUAUUAGAGUUCCAUUCACCACUUUACAACGUUUGAAGGUGUUUUUGGAAUCCAACGACAUUGACUAUUCUAUUAUGAUAGAAGAUGUCCAGGAAUUACUGGACCAGGAGCAGCAGGAAAUGAAAGCUUCAAAGUUCCAUGAGAGAAGCAUUAACACCUUCAGCUAUUCAACAUACCACACACUAGAUGAGAUUUACAGCUGGAUUGACAGUUUGGUGAUGGAAUACCCAAAACUGGUCAGCAAAAUUGAUAUUGGUCAGAGCUAUGAAGGUCGCCCAAUAUAUGCUUUAAAGUUUAGUACUGGGGGAAACAAACCAGCAAUCUGGAUUGACACUGGAAUUCACGCCCGAGAGUGGAUUACCCAGGCUACCGGUAUAUGGACUGCUAAAAAGAUUGCAAGCAAUCAUGGGGUUGAUGCAUCACUUACUAGUAUUCUGAACAAAAUGGACAUCUUUCUGGAAAUUGUCACCAACCCAGAUGGUUAUGCAUACACCCAUAGCACGAAUCGCAUGUGGAGGAAAACCAGGUCUGUUAAUGUGGGUUCUUCCUGUAUUGGUGUGGACCCCAACAGGAACUGGGAUGCUGGCUUUGGAGGUCCUGGAUCCAGCAGUAAUCCAUGUGCUGAGACAUACCAUGGAGCAUAUCCCCACUCUGAGCCUGAAAUCAGCUCAGUUGUGGACUUUAUAUUGGCUCACGGUAAUGUGAAGGCUUUGCUUACCAUACACAGCUACUCUCAGAUGCUCCUCUUUCCGUACGGCUAUACUAGUAACCUGGCACCUGACCAUCAGGAACUGAAUGAACUGGCUAAAUUAGCGACAAACGCUUUAUCAUCUUUGCAUGGAACUAAGUAUACUUAUGGAUCAACCAUAGCUACCAUCUAUCAAGCAGAUGGCACAACAACUGACUGGGGCUAUAAUAAUGGCAUCAAAUAUUCCUAUACAUUUGAGUUAAGAGACACUGGGAGAUAUGGCUUCAUCCUUCCUGCUGAGCAGAUCAUUCCCACGGCAGAGGAGACAUGGCUGGCCCUCAUGGCAAUCAUGGAACAUGUCAGGGACCACUCAUAGUGAAAAUCUACUGUACAGGGAAACUUUUGUUCCA